AUGGCCGUUCUAUUGUGCACGUUCCUUCUGGCGUUGGCCGCUGCGCCAGCCAUCAGUGACUACACGGUUACUAUCUUCCCCGAGUACCUCUCCCAGAACAAACGCUCGCACUUCGAGGGGGACAGAUGGGAUAACCAUAAUGGCUUGGAUCAGAGCUGGCAAAUCGCCAAGAACAAGGACAUAGGCACCGAAAGUGGACGAUGGAUGAACAGAGAUCUGAACAGUGAUAUUUUCAAAAACACUCCUGAAAAUCCUCAUCAAAGAGGAUAUGCAGACCCGAACCAUUUUAACAGCCAGAACAUGCGGAAAAAAUUGGCUGACUAUUACCUGCAAAAUGUCCACGGCUAUGGGAAAGAUCUGGACACCGUGAUGGUUAUUAGAGCUCAUGGAGACUGGCCUCAUUGGAUGGACACCUCCCACCAUGGCGGUCAGUUCCCUAACAAUAUCGAUGCAGCGGCUGAUAUGGCGGCCCAGAUGUUCGACGCCAUAAACCAUUACACUGGAGGUAUACACCCGCCUUAUUUUGAAGUGAUGAACGAACCAGAUGCUCAGUGGAAGUAUAUGUCGUGGGAAACUGUCAUAGAGUUCCACAGAGUCAUGGCCCAGAAGCUAAAGGCAAAAGUCCACGGUGUGAAAGUCGGUGGACCUACGUAUACAUCGGCCAUCACCAGCGCGAAUAAAAAUGACUUCCGCGUGUGGAAAAAUAUCAAGCAGUUUUUGGACAUGUCCUUGUACCACUUGGACUUCUUUUCGUUUCACCCUUACAACUCUUUCCAUUCCCACGGUGGCUCUCACAGUUUUGCUGGUACUAACGAAGCUCGCCUGGUGGCCAUAAUUGACCUUGUUCACAGCUAUACUCAUCACAAGAGAGGUUUCUCUGUACCCCUCAUCGUCAGCGAAUACGGCUUGGGUAACCUUGACGUGGACUCCCACACUCCCAACGCAGUCAGCCAGUGGGCGUACGCCUACCUGCACAACGCUUACAUGUUCACCUUCCUCAACCACCGCGGCGUCAUGGAAUCAGCUGUGGCCUUUAUUCUAAGUCAUGACAAUUAUGGUUUCGAACAAGCAAGCCUCUUCGAUACUCACCAUGCUGAGACAUUCGUGGCGAAAGGUUACCGAUUCUGGAAGCAUUUCGGCUGGAACCACCAGUUCUUGCGAGUGGACAGUCAACAUAACGGGGCGGAGAGGACGAUCUCCCCACUAGCCAUGGCGGAUCCUCACACUAAGAAGGUAUACGUACUUCUACACAACUAUCACUCUUCCUCAACUACGGUAAAGUUGAACUUCAACAACAGAUGGAUAACGCCAACGGCCGGUUGGGCAACUUGUAUCUAUCUGGAAAACAACAGAAACCCAGUCUUCAAAGAGAACGAAUCGAUUCAUCUUAACGAUGGUAAAGUCACUUUAAGAGGAGAAUCAACUUGUUUCUACACCUUCCAAACUGGACACGACUUUGGAAGGACUCCGACAAUCGAAGAGCACACGUACUACGCCACGGAUCAGGUGUACCACAUCAACAACAACGUAGCCCAAGCCACCGUCAAUCUUCCCAACAGCGGCAACCAUCAUUCAGCUUUUCUCCGUAUCGGAGUUAGCAACAAAAACAAAGGAGCUCACACAACCCCCAGGUCUGUCCAUAUCAAUGGACACAGCAUAAACGACCAUUACUCCUUGUUUGACAACAACAGGCAUCAGAGUGACACGCUGUGGGAUGUCAUCAUCUACAACGUUCCUACCAACGUUUUGAACCAUGGGUCGAACACUGUCAGAUUGGAGUUCCCUCAAAGCGGUGGUUACGUGUCAUCCGUGGCACUUGUCGUUGGGGACGUAAAUGGCAAUCCAGGCAUCAUUGGGUAA